AAAGUCAGUGACCAACACAACAUGUCUGAAGCGCCUUUCAAAUCCUUUGCUAUCGUCGGCGCAGGCCCUCACAUCGGGAUUCCUAUCGUGAAGGCUUUCCUCGCCAUUGGCGCACCAAUUCUCGUCAUUGCCCGCCCAACCUCCACGAACACUUCAGCACUCCCUGAUGAUGAUUCUAACUUGAAGGUUGUGCGCGCAGACUAUACAUCUGCAUCUGAGGUCUCGGCAAUCCUUCGUGAGAACAAAGUGGACGUCCUCAUUUCUACUGUCACACUUGUUUUCGGAGGCGUACUUGCCCAGAACGUUCUGGCGGACGCUGCAAAGGAGGCAGGUGUAAAGCUCUUCGUACCCAGCGAGUUCGGUACAGCACCGCCAGCAUCCGGCCUGUCUCAUGAAAAGCAUGACUUUGCAGUUUAUGCCAAGUCGAUUGGAUUGCCCACUCUCCGCGUCUACAAUGGAUUAUUCAAUGAAGUCGUGCCCUGGCUCACCGCACUGACUGAGACUGGCAAGUUGCAUCUCGUGGGCAAAGGAGAAAUGGCAGGAUCCUUCACUGCAACACCCGAUGUUGCGGGAUACGUGGCUCAUAUUCUUACUACUCAACCGCCAUCUCGUCUACUUGAUGCUGAAGUUCGCAUCGAAGGCCAGCGCGCAACGCUCUCUGAGAUUAUUGCCCUUUAUAAAGGCAGUGUACCUGUGGUACAUUGCGAUGCCCUUCCUACGGAAGGUGUGGUCGCCGCAGAAUUCCGUACGCUCCUCCAGCGGCGCUUUGAAGUCGGAGGAGCAAGUAGCGGCUGGAAACCUGAGACUGGGUCAGAUGAUGCGGAAUUGGCGAGCAAGGAUAAUUCGCUGUGGGAAGGGCACCGGUGGUUGACUGUUGGGGAAGUUCUUGGAUUGUAAUGAUAUGUACGUGCAUGAGACCUCUGUAACUCGGCACCCUUCAGUCUACUAGGGGGCUUCAGAAGCAUACCCUACAGUACUGUGUCGUCAAAGUAGCAACAAAUGA